CCACCGCUCCUCUUCUUACAAUCUAAUCAUCUAAUACAAGCUUCAUCCAUGGCACACAUGUCGCACCCCGCGCCCUUCCUGGUGAAGGCCUACCAGCUCGUCGACGAUCCUGCCACCGACGACAUCGUUUCCUGGAAUGAAACUGGAUCAACUUUCAUCGUAUGGAAGACUUCCGAGUUCGCUUCAGAUUUGCUGCCCAAUUAUUUCAAGCACAACAAUUUCUCUAGCUUUGUCCGUCAGCUUAAUACUUACGGUUUUCGGAAAAUCGUGCCUGACAAAUGGGAAUUCACCAACAACAACUUCCGUCGCGGUCAGAACGAACUCCUCUCCAAAAUUCGUCGCCGGAAGUCGUCGCACAGAUGCCAUCGAUCCAAAUCCAGCGAGGGAGGCAACUCUUCCCCGUCCUACUACUCCGGGGAGGAAAUCGGAUCCACUUCGAGUUCCUCACCGGAUUCGAAGAAUCCAGGUAUUGUGGACCUGGAAACAAUGGCGCAACUCGCGGAUAUGACCGAUGAGAACAACAAAUUAAGGAAGGAGAACGAGAUGCUGAAGCUUGAAUUAGCCAAAGCGAAAGAGAAGUGCAACCACCUCGUGGCUUUUAUGACUGACGAUUUGAAGGUGGCGCCGGAACUGAUCGACAAAAUCAUCAAGAAACUGGAGAACAACAACAACAACAACAAGAAGGUUGCAGAUCUGAACGUGAACGGGGAGAAGAUGGAGGAAGAGAAUGCAGGUGAUCUGAAACUGUUUGGGGUUUGGCUGAAAAGAGGGAAGAAAGAGAAGAAUAAUGAUAAGAAUAAGACCAAAAGAGAAGAGGAGGAGAAAGUGGAGGUGUGCGGCAAUGAACCGGAGGCGAAAGUGAUGAAGACGGCUGAGAUGGAGGAGGCAUUGGCGACGACCAGCGAUGCCGGCAACUGAGGUGGGAGGGCGUUUGGUACCAGUAAUAAUAAUAUUAUAAUAAUAUAAUAACUACUACUUCUAUGUAGUAGUUUGUAGAGAUCAAAAUGUAAGAAGGGUGGAGAUGAUGAAAGGUAAAGGGGUGUCCCAUCUAUUUUACCUUCAAAAUCUUUGUUAUGUUUUUAAAAACCACAUCUUUUAUUAUCGUA